AUGACGAAAAGUCUUACUUUUGACGUCCGCUACGACAACGAACUCGCCCACCAGUACUACGGCGAUGGAGAGAAACUUACCAAACGGAUGCAGGAUAUCUACAACGGCAAGAAUCUCACCUUUCCCAAAGAAUACGAUACAACCUCCACUUAUCCGCCGAUCAGUUUCAUGAAUGUGACCGCGGAGGAUGACGUCGAUGUCGGCGAUUUGAGGGGAGUCCACGUGCCUUCUGGUUUGAGCGUUGAGAUCAUUGAUUUCGACGAGUGA